AUGUCUACGGGUUAUUCUCAUUUGACUAAAGUAGGUGCACGUAUACUGAAUAGACUGAACAAUCCACCAGAGCAUCUCAAGCCAUUUGUCAGUAAAUAUACCAAGAGAUCUGUUCCUGAAUUCCUUAGACCAGAGAUUGAUGAAGUAGACCCCAAGGAUGCAUUUGAAACUGAGAAACAGUGGAAGUAUAUGCCUGGUGAUCGUGUGGUGAUAACGAGGGGUAAACAGAGGGGAAACAUCUGUGUAGUGAAGCAACACGAUAGAAUUACAAACGGAUUUAUUCUUGACGAAAAUGGACCAACAAAGACAGUUCCUGUGCCUAAGCAAUUUUGGUUGGAAGGUCAAAAGACUCAUAUGUUAACUGUUCCAGUAGCUCUGAAGCAAGAAGACGUUAAAUUGGUUGCAGAUGUUGAUGAUCCUCAAAAUCCAGGUCACACAAAGACUGUAGCAGUUAGAGAUGUUACAUUCAGUGGAUCAUACUAUGAUCCAGAUUAUAAGAAAAUGAUGCCCUACAGACAAGUGUCUGGUGAAACAGAUUUAGUCAUUCCUUGGCCCAAGCCAGAACAACAUGAAGAUGGUGAAUUGGCUACAGAUGCAAUGGUAGCGAGAGAACAAACGUUUUGGGUAGAAAGUUUAGCGAAGAAUCCAAUUCCUGAAGCUGCUUUCCUAACCAUCCGUAAUCCACAUUCCAAAUUUAGAAGAGGUAAAUUGACCACCAAAGAUAUUUCAAAAUUGGUAGCACCACCAAUGCCAUUAUCUGACGUAAAGAAGGCACGUCUUGCUGAAAGAGAACAACUGGCUCAAAUUCCAAGACCAACCCUCACCGAAGAGGACAAGAAUCUCAUUGGUGAUAAGAUUUAUGAACACCUUAAAGAAUACGUCGGCAGAUAA